AUGGAGACAGAAAAAAAGUAUUUAAACAAAAUUAUUUGUUUAUUUUAUCCCUCAUUGCUUAAUAAUUUUGGAUUUCAAUCCGAGAAAGGAAUUACAUUCUUCUCGGAGAAAAAAGCACCAAAUAUUAAGCAGUUUUUAGCGGAAUUAGUUACUGAAAAACAAGUGGAAAAAUUAAUUUUUCUUAACUAUCCGCAACAAGAAGAACAACUCAAUGAACUAAAAACCGAAUUAGCCAAAAUCGACCGGCAAAUUACUAAUAUUAUCCUUUUUCAUCUCGAAAACUAUGAUUUGUUAGAGGAAAUUUGGAGCCAAUAUUUAAUUUGCCCGAGUUGCGAAAAAAUUUUUGUCAAACAGACUUUCAUCCAGGAAAAUGGUCAAUUUAUUUGUCCGCAAGAAGGCAAGGUGAAAUUUUCCUCCACCACUGUGGCCGAAUUUAACCAAAAUUACUGGGAAAAUUAUUUUAAAAACAACAAAAUUUUACUAGAAAAAAUUCUGGCUACGGAAGAAAAAACUUCUCCUCUCCGCAUUAAUCGCUUAACUAUCCGCCAAAAGGAAGAACUUUUUUCCGGUGAAAUUCGGGAAAAAUUAUGGGAAAUAAUUAACAAUAUCUAA